AUGGUCAGGCAUAUUAUGCUAGCAUCACCAGACUUUGUAAAGGCAGCCCAAAAUCAUCGAGUUUACAAAAAUAUCAACCUAAGACCACUAGCAGCAAUAAGCAAGUACCAAGAUCUAAUGGUAAAAUGCAUUGCAAGUGGAAAUGUGGAGGCACACUAUAUCAAAGGAAUCCAGGAGUAUGUUCACAACAACAACACAAAAGAAGAGUUGGAACACUUGAAAAAGGCAGUAGAAGGUAAUUAUGCAAACAGUAUUUAUCUUUACGGGAUUGUGAAGUUAUGCAGGGGUGACACUAAGGAAGGCCAACAGUGGCUGGAUAAACUAGGCUGGAAAGAAAACAAAGCAAAGGGUGAUCAAUGUUGGAAAAUAACAAGAAGUCCUUACACAAAAUCAAUGUGCAAAAACUACAACGCUACUUCACUACAUUGA